AUGAAGCGUUGUGCUUUGCUAAUUCAUGUGGUGUGGCAACAUUUUAUGUACCAAAAUCUCCUUUUUACGCUUAAUCCUUUCCUAGAUUUUUACAUUUUUUAUAGUCCGCCUGUUCGGGCGUGGGUCCGGCGAAAUACCUGGUUUUACUACUUGGCAUAUGCUGUCUUCUUCGCCACCUAUAUUGCACUAGCCUGCUGUGGCAAUAUACGCCGCAAAUUUCCUGGAAACUUCAUUGCCCUUGGUGUUUUCACCCUGGCGCUGGCCUACAUGGCAGGCACCCUGUCUGCUAUGUACACAGUGAGCUCCGUUCUUGUAUGUCUCCUUAUAACUCUGGGUGUCUGCGUCUCAGUCUCUAUUGCGGCCAUUUGCUGCCCCUGUGAUAUCACCAAAUGUCAGGCGGUGAUCGCCUUCCUCAGUAUCCUUCUAUUCAUAUUUGGAAUUGCUGUUAUGAUCACCUACUUCGUUGCUGGGUACAAUCAGGUUGGCGCUCAUUCUGUGCCUUUAUUCAAAUUACUAAGUUCGUUUAGCCCGUAUUUGGCCUACGAUACGCAGCUAAUCAUGGGAAAUCGGGAACUUGCACUGUCUGAAGAGGACUAUGUCCUUGGAGCCAUGCAGAUCUAUUUGGAUGUCGCCGUCUUGUUUAUGAUUUUCCUGGGUCUUUUUGGUCAGAACGACUAG